AUGGUGAGCGGGGAGGUCGAAGCGAGCGACGGUGAUGGUGGUGGUGGAACCAUGGGAGAUGGUGAUCGGAGAGGGGGAAGAGAGCGGGACAAAGGGGUAGAGAUUGGGGAUACUCCUUUGAAGUUUGUUUUUGGUGUUGGAACUAGGUCAGGGAAAGAGACGGAAGGGUUGAAGGAUAAAGCCUCUGCGAGUUCUGGUAGAAGAACGACGCCUUUGUCGUACAAAGAAAAGCUUUUAUCUUUAGGAUGUGGCGGCUAUCUAGUCUCGCAUGAGGAGAAUGAAGAUAUAGUCAAUGGAUGGAAAUCGUUUUUCAUCAAGCAGAAUCAAAGUCCAGAGGCUAGUAGAGAUGAUGAAGAUGCAAACGGGGUGGAGACUGAAGGGACUACCAUUAAACCAAGGUAUCCGGAACUGAAAGUUUCUGCUGAACAAUACACGGCAUGGUGUCAACCUUGGUGGAAUUCUCUGAUUGUUAAACUAUUAGGCGUACAGAUACCGAAGCAUGUGUUGAUUGAUAGGGUUCGAAGAAUGUGGAAACCGAAAGAGCCUAUGAAGGUCACCCCGCUUAGCAAUGGAUAUUAUAUUGUUUCUUUCACUAGUAGAGAGGACAAAGACUAUGCUUUCCAGGAGGGACCUUGGAUGAUAGAAGACCAUUACUUGAUCGUGCAGCGAUGGAGGCCGAACUUUAAUCCUUGGAAGGUGGAUGUGCAACGCAAAAUAGCUGCAUGGGUACGUAUUCCUGAUCUUCCAAUGGAGUUCUAUAACGUGGAAUCACUGGGUAUUAUUGGAAAUAUGAUUGGGAAGACGAUUAAAGUAGACCGUUCGACAUCGAUUUAUGACAAAGGCGGCUUUGCUCGCAUCUGUGUAGAGAUAGACCUUCAACAACCUCUGUUGCCUGCUUUCAUGGCUUUUGGAGAAGAAUGGCAGAUAGUCUAUGAGGGUUUACAUCAGGUAUGCUUUCAAUGGGGUAAAUAUGGACAUGAGAAGCAACAAUGCCCGCAGUUUUCUGGGGAAGGGGAUAGCAGUAAUGGUUCAAGAUCUGAGAAAGAGGAAGCGAAUAAUUUGCAGAUUCCGGUGACCGGAAUAACAACGGUAGUCGCUGAUACUCAUUUAGGGCCUCAGAUGCUGGUGAGUCGAGACUUUCGUCGGAAUAUUGUGAUGACAGAAAGAAAGGGAUAUGAUGGAUCAACUAAAGGAGCGGAUAAUAAGGGAGCUGGAACGGGUAAUAACGGUGCGGAGAUUAAGGAGAAUAAUAUUGGGAGGAGUGGAAAGAAUCAAGCAAGGAUUCAAAAAAUCUAUAAACUCGUUGGUGAGAAGAAGGAUAAAUCAGAAAAAGGCUCGGUAUCUUCUGGCAGGAAAUUUGGGGACAACAUUAAUACUAAUUCUUGGACGCUAGUUGGCUCGAAACGCAAGGUUGUGGACAAGAUUAAGGUACGAGGGAAGGAAAAUACUCUUGGGAAAGCAAAAGCUAAAGUCAAGGAAGGGAUAAACCUUAAUGAACAGCCUAUUGAAAUAUCUAAUCCUUUUCACACACUUCAAACUGGGAUGAAGGAGGGUGAGGCCCAAUACCAGUCCAUUGUGAUUGAGCGACUCGGCCCUGGUCCCAGCGACGUUGAGAAUAUGGGUAACCAGGCUCAAAUGAGUAGGGACAACACAUUAGCAACGGUAGAGGAACCUGAUGAAGUGGCACGGAUAGUAGAUGGAGACAUAAUCAUGAAGGGCGGCGCGAAGACAUUUCCUAGCCUGAUACAGGAACUUAAAAAUCAUUUUUGUUUGGAUUUUCUUGCUUUGGUUGAGACCCGUUCAGAUAAACAGAAGUCUGAAAGAAGAAUUGGCAGUCUUGGCUUUCAAGGGUAUACGUUUAUUGAAGCCGAGGGUUUUAGUGGUGGUAUUUGGUGUCUUUGGAAUGCUGGGGUUCAGAAAGUUGAUGUGAUCGAACAACAUCGGCAGUUCUUACACUUACGUAUCAUAAACUCUAGAAGGGAGCAUUAUUUUUUUACUGUAAUAUAUGCUAGCCCCCAUAUGGUAGCUCGACGACAUUUGUGGAGUGAACUUCAUCGUAUCGAACGAGGCAUGCAUGAGCCAUGGGUGAUAGGAGGUGAUUUUAAUGCUACACUUUUCUCAUCCGAAAGACAUACGCACGCUCCUAACGGCUUAUCGAUCGACCGCGAGUUUUGUAAUUGGUAUGAGGAAUCGUCCUUAUCAGAUAUUGGCUUCGUCGGACCUUAUUUUACGUGGAAGAGAGGUGUCCCAUCUGCCUACUACAAAUCUGAUCAUUGUCCUUUACUUCUUCAAAUGCACCAGCAUGUUGAUCGUCCUAGUCGCCCAUUUCAGUUUAUAGCUGCAUGGGUACUUCAUGAUGAGUUUAGUAGUUUUGUCAAGGCUAACUGGAUGGAAGAUACUGAGUGGAACUUUAAUCUGGACCAGUUUACGCGUGCUUGUAGCUCUUGGAAUAAGCAAGUAUUUCGACACACUGAAGAAAGGAAGAGGAAAUUAUUGAGACGCAUGGACGGGGUUAACAGAGCUUUGGGCCAAGGAGGUAAUGUUCACUUUUAUGAAGAGAUUCAAGUGAGGUUAUGGAAGGAGCUUGAGGAAGUUUUGAUACAAGAAUCUCUUAUUUGGGCUCAGAAGGCUAGAAUGGAUUGGUCCCUUUUUGGAAACAGAAAUACAAAGUUCUUUCAUACUCGAGCUAACAAGAGAAGGAAGAUGAAUAGAAUUGAUGCUAUCCGAUUGGAAGGGGGAGAUUGGUGUUAUGACAUUGAGGUAAUAAAACGAGAAGCUACACGCUAUUUUGCUACUUUAUUUGCUGAAGAAGUGUCUUGCAGGGAUGCGUUGCAUUGUGUUGUCUCGUAUCCCAAGCUAGAUGAGGUAGAUCUACGCUUCUGUGGUCGGCAUGUGGAAGAAAGAGAAAUUAAAGAGGCUUUGUUUAGUAUGGGAUCCCUCAAAUCUCCAGGUCCAGAUGGGUUUAAUGCUUUAUUUUAUCAGACACAGUGGGAUUCUAUAGGGAGAUCGCUGGUUGAAAGCUUUUCUUCCUCGAAUUAUAUCUCCCAAUCAGUGUGGCUUUGUGCCUGA